AUGAAGCAGUGGAAUGAAACCUCAACUGACUUCAUCCUUCUGGGGCUCUUCCCUGGAUUUAAACACCAAUAUCUCCUCAUCCUUCUCAUCCUCCUUGUCUACACUGCUGCCUCUGCUGGAAAUUCCGUCCUGAUCCUCCUCAUCUGGCUCGACUCCCGCCUGCACACCCCCAUGUACUUCCUGCUUAGUCAGCUCUCUCUCAUUGACCUGGCUUAUAUCUCCAGCACGGUCCCGAAGAUGGUCACCAACUACUUCACAGGCAAAAAGGACAUUUCCUAUUUGGCCUGUGCUGCUCAGAUGUUUUCCUUUCUUACCCUCGGCCUGGCUGAAUGCAUCCUUCUCACCCUCAUGGCCUAUGACCGCUAUGUGGCUGUCUGCAACCCUCUGAGAUACACCGUCCUUAUGAGCCCCAGGGCCUGCCUGCAGAUGGCUGCUGUGGCCUGGACUGGAGGGGCGCUUGCUGCCCUUGUCCAUACCAUCUACCCAAUGCAUUUUCCUGUCUGUGGCUCCAGGGAGAUUAAUCACUAUUUUUGUGAGAUGCCUGCCAUCCUGAGGCUGUCUUGUGUGGACACAUCAGCUUACGAUAUGGUGAAAUUCGUGUCAACCAUUGUGUUCCUCCUGGUGCCUUUUGUUCUCAUCGUGACCUCGUACACACUCAUCUUCCUCACUGUCCUCAGGAUGAACUCUCGCAAGGGGAGAAACAAAGCCUUGGCCACAUGCACCUCCCACCUGACUGUGGUGAGUCUCUACUUUGGUCAGGCCAUCUUCAUCUACAUGACACCCAGCUCUUCCCAUACACCUGAGCAAGACCAGGUAGGAGCUGUCCUUGGUACCAUAGUGACCCCCAUGCUGAAUCCGCUCAUCUACAGCCUCAGGAACAAAGAAGUCUUGGAGGCUCUAAGGAAGUGCAUGGGAAGGUGCUGCAGCUAG